AUGUAUCUUUGUACAUAUACAAAAUUAUGUAUUGAUGCUCGUUUGAAAUGUAAUGGUGAUGAAAAUUGUGGUUUACAUGAUGAUACUGAUGAAGCACAUUGUAAUAAAUUGGAGAAUGUAGCUGAUGUACGAACAGUCCUUUUUGUGGCAAUAUUUUCCGGUUGCAUAUUUUUAUUAAUUUGCGGUUUUUUUGGUUAUAUAUUUAAGAAAAAAUUUGAUAAAAAGCGUAGCAAACGUCGUCGUCGUGCAAAAUUUGGAAUGGAAUAUCAACGAAAACCAUUUCGAAAUCCACGACCAAUUACCAAAGCUGAUCCUCAUUUACUGCCGGCACCUGCAGCAUCACGUUUAACGCAUCAUAAUGUGACAACCGAUAUCAUUCCAUCAUCAACGGAACAACGAAAUGACAUGUCACCAAAUGGUGAAGCACGGAAGAAUAAUCUCUCACUUCGACAUUCCAUACAGACCAAUGAUGAUUGUCAUACUUUUUACGGAUAA